GCUACCAGCACAGCGCCGGCCUGCACCUCUGAACCCUACCGCCAAUGGUGCGGCGCGCGGCCGGCCGGAGCGUAACCUUCCCGGCUCUCCGGCGCCGCCGCCAGGCACCGUCUUCCGCAAUUCCGUACCGUCUGUUGCUCACUCCUCCGGGCCCCGACCUCAAGACCGCUCGUCGGAGCCCGUGAAUCCUCAGGGCUCAGGCUGUCCACUUCCUCAAGACCGUGCGUCAAUCGAGCUCCAGAGCAAGGGCAAGACUCAGCAUGGACUCCCUUCAUCUUGUGCAUGUCAAACUUUUCGCUGCCGACCUUCUCACGCUGACUCCCCGACAUACAUCGCCGCCUUCUUUUGUUCGCUGUGGCCGUACAGUUGCUCGUGCUGAGGUUGUUGGGAUUGUUGUUUCACGUGACCGCAGGGAGAAGUUCCUGCGCUUCCUGGUUGAUGAUGGCACUGGCUGUGUACCAUGUGUCCUGUGGCUGAACCACCAGUACCUGAAUGCAAACAGUUCAUCAGAUUCUGAUCCAACUGGAGAGAUGGCAUUGAAAAUGUCGGAGGUGGUACGCUUGGGCACUUUGUUGAGGGUUCGUGGGAGGAUUGUCAUGUACCGUGGUGCAAUUCAGAUUGCUGCUAGAGACGUGGUUCUAGAGGAGGACCCUAAUGUGGAGGUUCUACAUUGGUUACAGUGCGUUCACAUGGCCAAGGAAUGUUAUGAUUUGCCACUACCUUCUGCUUGAGGUGUGCCUUGGAGGAUCUCAUUCUCUGUAAUGAUCCCAAACUGUACUGUGUUUCUUUCUGUGGUUACUGUUGAGCCAACUUCUUCUAACGCGAUCCAGCGUGUGUACGGCAAACAUCGUUAACUAAAUGCCUUUUUUGGUCGACUGCAUUUGAUUUACUUCAUUUAAGCAUUAGGGUCAGUUUGCAACUGCCUUAUAUGGUCUAAUGCUGAGGCUCCUAGUGAUAGUGCACUGCAUUUGGAUGAAGUAAUGUGUGUAUCCCUGACUCUGAAUGGUACUGCAGCUACUCACUCAUAGUUUUUGUUUGAUGAUGUAAAUGCUUGGUUAACAAAUAUGGGUCGUCCAUCUUGCAGGUAUACCUGAUUUCAUAAAUUUAAGCUCUUGUUUCAGAGGUCAAUAUAUCCGGCAACAACAGUUAGUUUCCAGCUUGACAUGAAAGAAUAUCAGCGGUGACAUUAUCCCCUGCCAAGGGACUUACCAGGGCCAAAGCCAAUGUAUAGAUGCAACUUCUUAUUGCAAUAUUAAUGCCCAUGGACAGAAAUAGGAAGAAAGAUACGGAAAAUAUUAUUGAGUGCAGAGAAAGCUCAUUUAAUGCCUUGUUCUCUACUGGGUUUUCUUUGCCAAGAUAA